GGUCAAAGUUAGCAGCACCAUGUGUGACUGAGGAGAGGAGCUCUCCAUUUAUUAUUUACAUUAUCUGCUACGGUAUCAGUUUAACUGCAAGGAAAAGCUUUACUUUGUUAGUCUAACUUUAUGAAGGGUUAGCAUUAAAGCCUCUUCAAUGAACGUUUUUCGCGAUAUUUUUCCUAAGUUGAUGGAGCAGGUAGGAUGCCACCGCUGCUGUUGGAGCCGAUAAUGAGUUUUUCAGCUUGAUAUGUUUAAAAUCCGACCGCUAUUAAGUGCCUUAAUAAACUACAGACAGUUGCUGGAGAGAAACGGUUAUAAGUUCUUGUGCACAAUGACUGAAGCAUCCACAGAUCAGCAGACAGCCAAGCUGUUGAAAAGGGAAAAUGAGGAUUCAGCAGAAAGAGUCAGUAAAAGACUGAAAUCAGAAGGAGAGCAAGCUGAUGAUGACAGGAAGUAUCCUAAAAAGAAAGUGGCCCUUCUUUUGGCAUAUUCUGGGAAGGGAUACUAUGGAAUGCAGAGGAAUCCUGGAAACUCCCAGUUUCGAACCAUCGAGGAUGAUUUGGUCGCCGCUCUGGUAAAGUCUGGUUGCAUUCCUGAAAACCAUGGUGAUGAAAUGAAGAAGAUGUCUUUCCAAAGAUGUGCCAGGACAGAUAAGGGUGUUUCUGCUGCUGGUCAGGUGGUUUCAUUGAAGCUCCGUUUAAUGGAAGACGUAAAAGACAAAAUCAAUGAGCAUCUACCACCACAGAUCAGGGUCCUCGGACUUAAGCGAGUGACCCAGGGAUUUAAUUCCAAAAACAACUGCGACGCUCGUACGUACUCCUACUUGCUUCCUACUGUGGCCUUUUCUCCCAAAGAUUACGACACCGAGAAUGCAGCAGUGUUUCGCUUGGAAGCGGAGACUCUCCAGAAGGUUAACCAGCUUUUUGCCCUCUACAAAGGCACCCAUAAUUUUCACAACUUCACCUCCCAGAAGGCUCCAAAUGACCCCAGCGCCCGCCGCUACAUCACUGAGAUGUCCUGUGGAGAGCCUUUCGUCCGCAACAGUUACGAGUUUGCUGUGAUCACUGUGCGAGGCCAGAGCUUUAUGCUGCACCAGAUUCGCAAGAUGAUCGGCCUGGUGAUCGCUGUAAUUAAGGGCUAUGCCAAGGAGCAGGUGAUAGAGCGGAGCUGGGGUCAGGAGAAGGUGGAUGUCCCCAAAGCUCCGGGACUCGGUCUGGUCCUGGAGAGAGUUCACUUUGACCGCUACAAUAAGCGCUUCGGAGGGGACGGUCUGCAUGAGCGGCUAGAAUGGGAUCGGGAAGAGGAAGCAAUCAAAGCCUUUAAAGAGGCUCAUAUUUAUCCCACCAUUAUUGAGACAGAACGUGAGGAAGGCUCCAUGGUCAGCUGGAUGUCCACUCUUCCCAUCCAUGACUUUGAAGCAACAGUUACAGGAACACAGGACAGUAAAGGCCAAAAACAGGAGAAUGCAGACGAAGGGAACAACUCUGACUAAGACUGCCUCUGGAAACAAACCUUUUGUCAUAAAAAU